GAAUUCUUUGACUACGUGAUGAUACUCGUGUGUUACUUGGGUUGAAGGUGAACAUCUAUGGCGACCCGGAAUUGUUCCUGAUUGUCUCACCCUCCAUAACACACGGGUGUCGCAUAAAGUUUCUGUCUUUUAUCUGUGUGGCAGGUGGCAGCUUCCUCGUACAACCACCUCCCACGUACAAACAACCCCGUUUCACAUUUCACAAACUUUUCCUCUGUCAUUCUUUGGUCUUUUUCUCAUCUUUCAGACGCUUUUUGAGAGACCCAUGAAGCAAAAAACGCCACCUCCACCGCCACCACCAGCCAGUGCAAGAGCUGAGUUGAAGCAGCAUGGUGACAACAAGUCCCUGCAGAGUCAACAACCGCCACGCCUCAGAGCUUCUUCUAAGGCUCCAAAGUCACCACCAGAGGUUGUGGUGUCCAUUUCAUCAACAAGAGCUAGGUCUGUGCCUCCACAGUUGAAGAACGUUUCAAGGACCAAAAGGGGUGUUGUGUUGAACAAGCCUAAAUUGAAUGAAGAGGUUGUGGGGUCUCAAAAGGGUAGGGAAGCUGAAGAGGCUAAGGUUGUUGUCGUUUCUAGGCCACGGAGAAGGGUUGGAGAUCUUGGUUUGAGGAAGAGUGAAGAUGAUGAUGACCAUGAUGGGAAGAAGGAGUUACAAGAGAAGCUUGAGGUGAGUGAGGAUUUGAUAAAGAAUUUGGAGUCUGAGGUGCUGGCCUUGAAGGCUGAAUUGGAUAAAGUCAAGAGCUUGAGCGUGGAGCUUGAGUCUCAGAACAGAAAGCUAACUCAGGAUCUUGCUGUUGCUGAAGCUAAGAUAGCAACCACUGGCAGCAGUGGAAAGAAGGAGCCAUUUGGAGAACACCAGCGUCCCAAAUUUAAAGACAUACAGAAACUCAUUGCUGACAAAUUGGAACGGUCUAGAGUAAAAAAGGAAGCUAAUUCUGAAGUAAUUUUCACUAAAGCAUCAAUCUCAGCUCCAACACCAAGUCAUGCAAUUUCUGAAACUACAAGCAUAGGAAGAAAAUCUCCAUCCAGCACAUGUCUGAAGCCACCUCCACCUCCGCCACCACCAAUUCCGUCUCGGCCUUUAGCAAGAUUAGCAAACACCCAAAAGGCCCCUGCAAUUGUUGAACUAUUUCACUCCCUAAAGAAUCAAGAUGGGAAGAAAGUCUCAAAAGGAUUAAUGAAUCAUCAGAGACCAGUAGCUAUUAGUGCACAUAGUAGCAUUGUAGGAGAAAUUCAAAACCGUUCAGCCCAUCUUUUAGCAAUAAGGGCAGACAUUGAAACAAAAGGAGAGUUCAUUAAUGACCUUAUAAAAAAGGUAGUAGAUGCAGCCUUCACAGAUAUUGAAGAGGUCCUAAAGUUUGUUGAUUGGCUUGAUGGCGAACUGUCAUCACUGGCUGAUGAGCGUGCUGUCUUGAAGCAUUUUAAGUGGCCUGAGAAGAAAGCUGAUGCAAUGCGAGAGGCUGCAGUUGAGUAUCAUGAGAUUAAAAUGUUAGAACAGGAGAUUUCCUGCUACAAGGAUGACCCUAACAUUCCAUGUGGAUCUGCCUUAAAAAAGAUGGCCACGCUAUUAGACAAGUCUGAGCGGAGCAUACAGAGACUAAUCAAGCUACGAAAUUCAGUCACACAAUCAUAUCAUGUGUACAACAUUCCAACUGCAUGGAUGCUUGAUUCUGGAAUAAUGAGCAAGAUAAAGCAAGCUUCAAUGACUCUGGUGAAGAUGUACAUGAAAAGAGUGACAAUGGAGCUUGAAUCACUUCAGAACUCGGACAGAGAAUCUAUUCAAGAUUCUCUUCUGCUUCAGGGCGUGCAUUUUGCAUAUCGGGCUCAUCAGUUUGCUGGAGGUUUGGACUCAGAAACUUUGUGUGCUUUUGAAGAGAUAAGGCAACGUGUACCAGGACACCUAGCAGGAUCUCGAGAACUCUUGGCUGGCAUACCAACAUCAUGAGAAGUCGCUGAUUUGUUAUGCUAUUGCUAAUGGUUAGAAAAAAUGGCUAUUAAACAUUCAUUAUUCUUUUUCCUAUCUUCAGUGGUUAAUGCUUGCAAGAACACUAUGAACCCCUCAGAAGAAAUAUGGAAGAACAUCAUGGGAUUCUGAAGAAAGAAAUACUUAAUAGUAGGAUCAAAUGGCUAAUGAACUAGCAUCUCUCAAUAUGUCACAACCUAGGAAUAGGAUCUUUGGUUUGAGUUAUUUAAUUUCAUUAGUGAAUUUUUUAGGUAGUUCUCGCUAGUGCUGUAUCAAAAGAUCUUGAAGAAGCAGCUUUGCCGUGUGUAAGUGCAAAUGAUUAAUGUUUACUAAGUUAAUUUAAUAAUUUAUUAGUCAUGUUCAAUGUGUAGAGCUUGGGAAAUAUGGUUCUUUAUUCAAUAUUGAUUGGAAAACUAAUCUUGUUUCCCGACAUUUCAUGAUAAAUAAUCUUUAUUCUUUU